AUGGCUACCAAGCAAUCUGUUGUUGUACUUACUUCCACUGUUACUCAGAACACCACAUUGAUUCAAGAAGUCAGAGAUGAGCUCAAUUCCUUGAAGUCGACAGUUUAUGAUGUCCAUUCCAAGUUGAAUACUAUCCUUAGUUUACUUGUAAAUCAAUCUCAACCGCAAUCAGAUCCACAAGAUACCCCGGAUCCAUCUGGUGAGUCACAAUUUGACCCUGUUAAUUCUUUCAGCAAUCUUCGUCACAUCAUCAAUUCGAUGUCUCCUAACAAUCACAGUAAGUUCUCUCGCACUCCCAAAGUAGAUUUUCCCAGAUUUAAUGGAUCUAACCCUCGUGGUUGGGCUCUCAAAUGUGAACGAUAUUUUUCCUUUCACAAAUUUCUGGAUGAGGAACGUGUGGAUAUGGCCGCAAUUCAUUUCGAUUCACAGGUAGAUUCAUGGUUUAUGAACUAUCAGCAAGAUAUUACUCAGGAUAAUUAUGUGGGUAGUUUCAAUAAGUUGACUCAAGCUACAACGGUUGAGGAUUAUUUCGAUAAAUGGGAACAUUAUAAAGGGUUUAUGGUAGCUAAUAACCCCACCUUACCUGAAAGUUUUUAUACCCUUAGCUUCAUUAGUGGGUUGAAGGAGGAUAUACGAGCAUCGAUGCAAAUGUUUAAACCAGAAACAACAACUGAAGCCUUUGUUUUAGCAAGAAUGCAACAAGCCUCUUUGCUUCACCACCCAAAACCUCCUAAAACAUUUUCUAGACCAUUUGUUCCAGCAAAAUUAUCUAAUUUCAGGUCAUCUGAAGUCACACCCUAUUGUGGUUCUAGUGGAUACUGGCAGCACCAUAGUUUCAUUGACUCCAAUAUUGCCAAGAAACUACACAUUCAUACAUCUUCCACAGGGCACAUGGUAGUGGCAGUAGCCAAUGGAGACAACAUCACUAGUCAUGGUCUUUGUCAAAACCUUCAAUGGGAAAUGCAGGGGCACGGAUUCUCUAAUGACUUAAGGGUACUUCCACUUGGGGGAUAUGACAUGGUAUUAGGAGCUGAUUGGUUACAACAGUUGGGAGAUGUCACCUUCAAUUUUUCCCAGUUGAGUAUCUCCUUUCUUCAUCAAGGCAGACAUAUCACACUUCAGGGAAGUUCUUCUAAACCUUCUCUUAAUCUUAUUGAUGGUUCUUCUAUAAGAAAGUUUAUCAAAGCAAAUACACCUACACUAAUUGGCAAAUUCUUUGUUGUUUCUGCAUCACCACCUCCACAUAUUCCUCCUCCAAUUAGUGCAGUAUUGGAUACCUUCCCCGAUAUCUUUGCAGAACCUACUACACUCCCACCCCUUAGAAUUAUGGACCACAAAAUCCCACUCAAGCCACACUCUACCCCUACUUCACAGAGACCAUGUAAAUUCCCUUACAUCCAUAAGUCUGUGGUAGAACAAUUGGUCAAAGAGAUGCUUUCUACAAGGCUUAUUAAAAAAAGUAACAGUCCAUUUGCUUCUCCAAUUCUCCUUGUGAAGAAGAAAUAUGGCACACGGAGAUUUUGUGUAAACUAUAGAAAAAUAAAUGAAUUAAAAAUUAAGGAUAAAUUUCCUAUACCCUUGAUUGAUGAGUUAUUGGAUGAACUCAAAGGAGCAGUUAUAUUCUCUAAAAUAGACUUAAGGUCUGGCUAUUUUCAAAUCAGAGUUUUUGUCCCUGACAUUUACAAGACAGCUUUCAGAACUCAUCAUGGACAUUAUGAGUUUAAGGUGGUGCCUUUUGGCCUCACUAAUGCACCUGCUACCUUCCAAGCUCUAAUGAAUGAAGUAUUUCAACCUUUUUUAAGGAAUUUUGUUAUUGUUUCCUUUGAUGAUAUCCUUAAUUAUAGAAAAUCCAUGGAAGAUCAUGUUCUGCACCUACAACAGGUUUUCUUUGUUCUCAGGCAACAUUCCUUAUAUGCCAAAUUGUCUAAAUGUGUUUUUGCUCAGCCUCAGCUAUACUAUCUGUGCCAUCUCAUCUCUGCAGAAGGAGUAGCUGCUGAUCCUGACAAAAUUACUGCUAUGACCAACUGGCCUUUUCCUGCCAACUUGAAACAAUUGAGAGGAUUCUUGGGUCUCACAGUAUACUAUAGAAGAUUUAUUAGAGGCUAUGGUACUAUCUCUAAACCUCUUACUGAUAUGCUUAAGAAAUAUGCAUUUCAUUGGUCUCCAUCAGCACAUGAAGCUUUCAACAUUCUGAAAAUUGCAAUGACAAAGGCUCAAAGAAGUGGGAGCAGUGCUCAUGCAAGAAGGCAGACCAUUAUCUUUUCCAGUAAAGCCUUGGGUCCUAAAACUUUAUCCCUAUCCACUUAUGACAAGGAAUUCUUAGCCAUUGUCAUGGUUGUUCAAAAAUGGAGAUAUUACCUUUCUCACAGUAAAUUCAUUAUUAAAACUGAUCACCAAAGCUUACAAUAUCUUAUGGAUCAGAAGAUUUCUACUACCUUACAACAAAAGUGGCUAGUCGAAUUGAUGGGAUUUGAUUACAUCAUCCAAUAUAAGAAGGGUAAAGACAAUGUGGUUGCUGAUGCCUUUUCCAAGACCCAUGAUAUUAUCUCUAGUUAUGAUGGUGAUGCUGAGGCUCAACAACUUAUAGCUUCAUUACUUGUCUCUCCAGACCAGCCUAAAUUCUCUUAUUCCAGUGGCAUUAUCAGAUUCAAAGGCAGGCUAUACAUUGGGUCAAGUAAUGAGUGCAACAAGGGCGGUACUUCUUUCCCUAGUGGUCUCUUACAACCAUUACUCAUUCCAGAACAAGCUUGGCAAGACAUUUCAAUGGACUACAUUGAGGGACUUCCACUGUCCAAUAAGAAGAGUGUCAUCUUGGCCUUAUUCAAAUCCUUAGGCACCACUAUCAAACUAUCAACAACUUACCAUCCUCAAACAGAUGGCCAAACUGAGAGAACUAAUGCCUGUGUAGAGCUCUGUAUGGUUACCAACCCCCCUCUUAUCUUUCCCAUCUUAUCCACUACUUCAGUUGCUUCUGUAGAGAAUUAUCUGAAAGAGAGAGAUGUUAUGUUGCAACUACUGAAAGAAGAUCUAGCAAAGGCACAAGCUCGCAUGAAUGCUGAAAAGAGUUGGAGCAGUGGCAUACAAGAUAAAUUACCAAUUGGGUCUCAGAUACAUCCCAUCUUUCAUGUCUCCCAGCUGAAGAAACAAAUUGGAGUCAAAGCAUCUACACUACCGUUCCUACCAGUAGUAGAUGAUAAUGGUCAUUUUGUAGUGGAACCAGUGGAUGUGUGGAGCUCUAGACAUACUCUCAGAGGUACCAUUUAUGUUCCUCAACUACUCAUUCAAUGGUCCAAAUCUACUGCUAAGGAUGCUACAUAG